UUCCUCAUCCAUCGUUCUCUGAACAGAGGCCUCUGUAAAUGCACUCGCGCUCUGUCUGGGUGCAAUCUCAGAACAUAGGCUGCGUUUAGUCGCCAAUGGCGUCCCCUCAGCAAAAGCAAAUGGAGUUGCAGAGAAGAAGCAGAAGCAUCUCACUCCCACUGCUGAUUCUGUCGAUAUGGUUGCUUCCGACGGCCACGUUCAUCGGACCGGCGGAGUGCACAAGAAGAAAGAGCCAGUUUGCAGGCGCGAGCGCCGGAGAUGCACAGACGACGUUCCAGUACUCCGCCACCGCCUGCCGGGCGCACACGGCGUCACUGGCGGACUUCGGCGGGGUGGGCGACGGCGCCACCUCGAACACCGCGGCGUUCCGGGCCGCGGUGUCGCACCUUGGCCAGUUCGCCUCCGACGGCGGAGGGAUGCUCUUCGUCCCUGCCGGACGGUGGCUCACCGGGCCAUUUAACCUCACCAGCUCCUUCACGCUCUUCCUCCACCGCGACGCCGUGAUCCUCGCCACUCAGGAGAUGAACGAAUGGCCAAUCGUCGAUCCAUUGCCGUCUUACGGUAGAGGCAGGGAUGGUCCCGGUGGAAGAUACAGCAGUCUCAUCGGCGGAUCAAAUCUCACUGAUGUGAUCAUCACAGGAAACAAUGGAACGAUCGAUGGGCAAGGCGACUUCUGGUGGUCAAAAUUUCACAGCAACAGGUUGAAGUACACGAGAGGCUAUCUCAUCGAACUAAUGCACUCCGACCAGAUCCUCAUAUCCAACCUUACGUUGCUCAAUUCUCCCGCUUGGAACAUCCACCCUGUUUAUAGCAGCAAUAUUGUGGUUUCGGGGAUCACAAUCCUUGCACCAGUUCAUUCUCCGAACACGGAUGGAAUCAACCCUGAUUCCUGUUCCAACGUGCGCAUCGAGGACUGCUACAUCGUCUCCGGCGACGACUGCGUUGCCAUCAAAAGCGGGUGGGACGAGUACGGGAUUGCCUACGGGAUGCCGAGCCAGCACAUCGUCGUUCGGCGGCUCACCUGCAUCUCGCCCACCAGCGCCGUCAUCGCCCUCGGCAGCGAGAUGUCGGGAGGGAUCCAAGACGUGAGGGCGGAGGACAUCACCGCCUUCGGCUCCGAGUCCGGCGUCCGGAUCAAGACGGCGGUGGGAAGAGGAGCCUACGUCCGGGACGUGUACGUGCGGAGGAUGAACCUGGACGGCAUGAAGUGGGUCUUCUGGAUGACCGGCAGCUACAAGUCCCACCCGGACGACAAGUACGACCCGAACGCGAUCCCGGUCGUCGAGGGCAUCAGCUACAGUGAGGUGGUGGCGCGCAACGUGACGACGGCGGCGAGGCUGGAGGGGAUCCCGAACGCGCCGUUUAGAGGGAUUUGCAUCUCCAACGUGACGGUGGCGCUGGCGAAGCCGAGCAAGAUGCCGUGGUACUGCGCCGACGUGGAAGGGAUUUCCAGCGGCGUGACUCCACCGGCUUGUGCUCCGCUUACGGACGAGGGUGCCGUGGCGGAGCCGUGCCCGUUCCCGGCUGAUCCACUCCCCAUGGACCAACUCGCAUUCCAUCAGUGUAUAUACACAGCCUCGUAACGUUCCAUAAGGCUACCGCUUGGUAAACGAUGAUAUCUACAACUACAUUCCUGUUGACGUGGAAAGUCAAUAAUGUUUUUAAGUCAAA